UCGCUCUUACGAGCGGACGUCUACGAUGCCGAAGUGCUCUUUUAAAUUUUGUAAAAAUUUGAAGCCAACGAAUCCUAAAAACGACGCCAUAGUAUACUUUCGUUUUCCAAGUCGUCUAAUUCGUCGAGAGAAAUGGAUAGAAGUAACACGGCGACAGAGAAAGGAACCCUGUUUUGAACCGAACACAGGAAGCCUCGUUUGUUCCAAACAUUUCGAUAAAAGUGAUAUGUACACCACGGAUAAGGGUAAAUUACGUCUCCGAGACACAGCUGUUCCUAUUAUAGAUACGGUGAAUUUGAACGCAAGCAUUGUAGAAGAUAAAUGUGAAGUAGACGAUAGCUUUCUAACAAGCGAAGUUAUAUCAAAGCCUAGCAAUGACCUCGUCUAUCAAUAUUCAAUUAAAACUAAUGAAAGUAACGAAGAAAUUAGUACAAAAAUGAAAAUAAAUACAUCUGAAUUAGAUAUACAAUUUGAUGAAAGUAAUACGAAGUGUUCUUACGAGAAUCCUUUCUUACCAAGUACUAGUAGUGAAAGUAGUGACGAUUCUGAAGAUAUUGGCAAAAUAAUAAAAAUAGAAAUUGAGGAAUCAUCAGAUAAUUCUGAUGAAAAUGAGAUCGAAUCCAUUGAUGAUAGAAUUGAAGCGGAUAUUGUAAGAACGCUUGAUUUCGACAAAUUUGGUGAACAUGUAGCCGCCAUGUUGAAAAGAAUACCAGUACACAAAGCAUUGCAAUUGCAGCCGAGGAUUCUCGAGUUGAUCACCUCGGUGAUGAACGAGGACCAAACAAAGAUAAUAACAAUUAAAGAUAAACUCUUUGAUGAACAUAACUAAAUUGUUUCAUCAUCACUGUUUUAUAGUAAUCCAAACACAGUUAUUAAGUGGUCGCAAGCAAUCUAUCUAUAUCUAAGGGACGUGUUUAGUGGCUAUUUAACGUCUCUGUGUGGUAUUUAAUGUUAAAAUUAUGUUAUUCUUGGAAUAAAAUGUAUUGCAUUUUAAUUUUAAAGAUGCCUUUUUUGAUUUCUUCUUUAACUAACAUUACUGUACGGUUUUGUUUACCAAAUAUAAUAAUAACUACCAGUACGGAAUAAUUAGAUGUAUCGUUUUACGUAUGAAUAAUAUUUAUGCAUCUUGUAAAAGACAUUUUUUAUAACCUCUGCUUUCAAUAACCUGCUAAAAAUAAAUUACUUUUAAUCAUAAUGUAGCCGUAAUGCAUUAAAUUCGGAUGGUGUUUGUAUCAACAAUACACAGAUUGUCUCUCUCGCUCUUGCUAACGAACGUAACUGAAGUGAGCAGUGACAUGGCCGUCGGAUCAAUAAAUACUUUGUACGAUGCCUUGCUUCUAAAAUGGAGAUGAAUUUGCGAUAUCAUAAUGUAAUAUAACUAUAGUGUUUUGUAUACAGCUGAUAGAUGAAUAAACACGAUUACAUUUUGAGAAAAUAUUUUAAAAUUCGCUCCGCUUUCGUUGUAAAUGCGUAACAAAGCGACCAUUUCGACUCCGUUCCGUCAGUACCGUUCCGCAUCGCAAGCAGUCAUCGCGUGUCCUCGAUUACAAAUGGAACUCGAGACGAUUAAAAAGUACAUAAACAUUAUGCGUAAAUAUCCAGAAAUAUACGCAGUUGGUGACUCGGAUUAUAGCAAUAUGUAUAAAAAGGAAAUUGCGUGGAAGAAAAUCAAACAGAAAAUGGGGAUGGACGUUAAAAAAUUAAAGGUGAAAUGGAGAAAUCUAAGGGAUACAUAUAUUAAACAUAAAAAAUGUCGUCUAUCAGACAACAAGGGACCAAACACCCUGUACAACUGGGUGUGGGCGAAAGAAAUGUCAUUUGUGGAACCGUAUAUAAAAUUAAGAACAAAAAAAAUUUCAGCAUACAUCGAUAUUCAUUCUGAUUCCGAUAUAAAUGAUACAGGGGACGAAAAUGAAGAUAACGACACCAAAAAUGUCCAAGACCCUGAACUUUUAACGGAAAAAAACAAAAAACAUCCAAUCAAAAGAGAACAAGAAAGCGACGAUACAAUAAACAAUAUAAUAACAAACAUAAAUACAGAAGUAAACACAGAAAGGAAUACACAAGCAACCGUACCUGUGCCAUGUGACAGAACAGAUAUGGAGUUUCUAGGUUAUGCCAGUACAGUAAAAAGACUGUCUUUACGUAAUCAAGCGCUUGUUAAACUUCAAAUAACAAGGAUACUAACACGAUAUCAACUGCAAGAAUUAAGUCAUCAUUUAUGUGAUGAUCGAACUUAGAAUACAACUACGCGAAUGUCAGACCUAAAUCCAACCAAAUACAAUUUUCUAAGACAUACAAACGUAUUUAACAAACAUAAUAUAAAUCUUAAAGUACUUGGUUUUUUACUAAAAUACAAUUUUUAAGUGCACAUUGACUGAACUAUCAUACACUGUUAAGACUCGCUUCGAUUCCUACGAGCUUGUAUGGAGGUGCGCUACUCGAUUAGUUGUGCAAAAACAAAUUGGCUGCAAAACAAUCGACAGUCGCACAACUGUUGUGUCAAAGGUGAAUAAAAACUGACACUUGAACCACGGACGCUCUUAUAAUGGCUAUUCAAUAUUACUAGUAAUAAAAUUUACUUUAUUAUCAGCUCUAUUUGCUAGUUUUUAUUUGAUUA